AUGAUGAUGCAGGGUCAGAGGAGGGAGUGGCUAGGUGAUAACACUUCAGACAAGGCAGUUAUUGAAUGCCUGGCGAGGACCGGAGACCUGGAUGAAGAGGGGAUAUACGAGGGGUUGUGUGAAAAUUAUUUUUCUCUCGCUGAACCACAAAGACAUAGAAUCCUGGUGCUUCUUUUGGACACUCUGGCUUUUCUUUCCUUCGGUUUUCUUUUCUUUCUUCUAUUUCUUGUGGAUAUUAUGGCUAAUAACACAACAAGUUCAGAGAGUCUAUGGCCAGAAAACUUUUGGGAGGAUCUUAUAAUGUCCUUCACGGUGUCCAUGGCUAUCGGGCUUGUAAUAGGAGGAUUCAUCUGGGCCCUGUUUGUUUGUUUGUCCCGACGAAGAGCCAGCGCCCGCAUCUCCCACUGGAGCUCCAGUCGGCGAUCCAGGUCUUCCUACACUCACGGCCUCAACAGGACUGGGUUUUACCGCCACAGCGGCUAUGAACGUCGCAGCAACCUCAGCCUGGCCAGUCUCACUUUCCAGCGACAAGCCUCCAUGGAGCUAGGAAACUCCUUCCCGAGGAAAUCAAGCUUCAGGGCUUCGACUUUCCACCCGUUUCUGCAAAGUCCACCCCUCCCCGUGGAGACUGACAGUCACGUGAUGACGCUCCCUUCCUCCAGUACCUCUCCCACCACCAACGCUUCCCACGGCCUGAGCCGCCCUGAUUUCCACUGGUCCAGCACCAGUCUCCCGGUGGGCCUUUCACCCCCGCCCCCGCCCACCUACGAGUCCAUCAUAAAGGCAUUCCCAGAUUUCUGAGGAAGGGGUUUUGGUGGUUCAUGUGUUGCCUUCUUCCCUUGUCUCUUCUUGAAAGAAAAUCGUAAAUAGACUAAACAAUUUUGAGGACACAGCCCGCACAAACAGUGAGUUCCCAAACUGAAAAAUGCUCAUGCAACUUGGACACUACAACGUACAUUUUCUUCUAUUGUAUUUUUCCUUGUCACUCAAAGAGGUAAUAGUUUUCCAAGUAGUUAUAUACUUACGUGUUUUGCUUUCAAUGUCAGGGUAAUUAAAGGUAGUGAUUCUCAUCUGAGAAGCAGCAGUAAUACAGUAUGUAUAUUUUAAACUAAAAUAAAAACAUGAUAUUUGUGGUUUUAAUCCUCACACACUGCCCGAUGUGAUUACAUAAGGAAAAAAUAUAUUGUCAACUUAAUUUUUUUUUCUAGCCUAAGGAAUUUAAUUUCACUUUCUUUAAGAUGACAGUGAACCAUUUUGUAAUCUUAGAUUUUUAAUGAAUUAUAUGGGCAUGAAAUGACGGAAUAUAGAAGAUUCUAAAGUGCCUUGAUUGCCCUCAUUUAUGAAAAGUAUGGGGAUUGAGCAAAGGAAGCUGAAUUCUGUGGGUAUUAUAGGAUAUUUUAAUUGUGACACUGAUUUUUGUGCCUUUCCUAAGAAUAGUUAACUACAUUACUGAGGCACAAUCUUUGGAUUUACUCACAUGAUAAUUUAACUUUCUCCACUGUUGUAGUUAUGUCUUUAGAAAAGCAACAACCCUAAGUCCAAUUCAUUUAACCUAAAACUUGAACACUGAGCUUACAUUUUUUUUAAGGGAUGAAUUUUAUUUUUUAGACUUAAAUCUAGCAAGUGAGAAGGUGCUUUAUCUAUGGACCUUCUCCUGUAACUUCACUGACAAAUAAGUAGGGGUCAGUGGGGACAAAGUCUGUCACUGAAAUAGAAAUUACAGCCACGAAGUAUUCUUCUUCCUGGACUGACUCAUCAGGUGUUAUUACUUGUUUGUGUCUCUAUGAAUUUCAACCUCAGAUUCUGUGAAGGGUUUUUAUACAUUGAUUAAACCAUGCCGUAGGUCAUUGGUGCAGUUAUUUAAGGAGUUCACUUCCACAGGUGGCCACCGUCUUAAAGAAAGGUACAGCCCCAAAUGCAGGUACCAGAGAGCUUCAGUGGUCAGUGGCUGUGGCUGCCCUUUUCCAUUUAAGGACAUGAGCUCACUGGACAAUUACUCAGAAGGCCUGGGCUUUAUUCCUGAGACAGUGAAUAUUUAGCUUAUGUCGCUGUGUGUUUGUCUCUGUGAACAUCGGGAUUUGGGGUGAAGAAAAAUGUACUCUCGUUUUAGUUUCUGCAGUGCAGCGGUCCCAGCUAAUGGUAUCUAAAUAUGGCUCAAGAUUGUAAUAAUUUUUAUAAAAUGAGAUUUUGUGUAGCAUUUCUUUAUUAUUUUGAUUUAGCUGAUAUUUUUUAUUGUUCCUUAAGGACAAUUAUUCUUAAUGAUGUCUAUAGAUAGAUGCUCUUUAAUACAAUAUACAAGAAAGAAAGAAAGAAGAAAGAAAGAAAGAAAGAAAGAAAGAAAGAAAGAAAGAAAGAAAAGAAAGAAGGAAAAGAAAGGAAGGAAGAAAGGAAGAAAGAAAGAAAAGAAGGAAGGAAGGAAGCUAACUCUCAGGAAAACCAAUUUGCUUUCAGUUCUUUUUUAACAAAUUUUGCAACCAUCAUACAGCCAUGUACGUUUUUAAGGGAUCAUUACCUUAGUAACAAAGCUAUCUUAUUUGUAUAUUGUCCUUAAUGUUUAACAUGAGAAGCAAGCAAAUGUUAUGGUUUCUAUCUAGAUUUUAUAUUGGGAGUAAAAACUGUUUUGGCUCUCUCAAAUUAGAAAAUGAAAGAAAUUUCCUGGUGUAUUUAACCAUCAGGGAGAUCAUGGGCUCCUCCCUCCCCAAGUUAUGAAACAACCAGAAUGAGUGUCUUGUAAAUAUUGUGCAGUGUGUGAAAUGUGAAAUUAAAGCAAAACCUGGAGACUCUUUAGUUAUA